UUAGUAAGAAAGCUUCCUCCCUGGACCUUUGUUUGAUUGUUCGAGUGGCAAUUGGAAAUUGGAACUGGAAUUGGGGAAAUAGAAUUUCAAAAUCGGAAAAGCAGAUGGAGAGUGGAAGAUGGAGGAGAGGAGCGGUAUCUAGGGGAAUGUUGCCGUUGUUGGCUCUUCACGCGGUCAACGAAUACAACAGACUGCCGUGGAAGCCGCCUAUCACCGCCGGACUAUUGGCUGCCAACACUCUCAUCUAUCUCAGGCCUUCUUUCCUCGACUCUAUCCUUCCUUUUGUCGAUGAGGUUUGGUUCAAUCCUCAUCUUAUUCUCAAGAACAAAGAUAUGAAACGCUUCUUCCUGUCUGUAUUCUACCAUGUUGAUGAAUCUCACCUGGUCUACAAUAUGAUGUCCCUCUUGUGGAAGGGGAUCCAAUUGGAAACUUAUGGGAGCUCUGAGUUUGCGUCCAUGGUUGUUGCACUCCUUGGUUUGUCACAAGCCAUAACUUUGCUAUUGGCCAAAUCCCUUCUCAUCUUCUUUGAUUACAGGAGACCCUAUUACUCUGAAUACGCUGUUGGCUUUUCGGGUAUCCUGUUUGCCAUGAAAGUCGUCCUCAACUCUCAGUCAGACAACUUCGCUAAUGUGCAUGGACUUAUUGUACCGGCCCGUUAUGCGGCAUGGGCAGAAUUGAUUCUUAUUCAAAUGUUUGUCCCUCGUGUCUCGUUUCUUGGUCACCUUGGUGGUAUACUUGCUGGGAUUCUCUAUUUGAAAUUGAAGGGUUUGUAUUCUGGUCCAGACCCGCUGACUACAAUAAUUAGACAGUUAACUGGUCUGUUAAGGUGGCCUCUAAGGUUUAUAAGGAACAUGUUUCAAUUAAGGAGACGGAGAAUAUCUGGCAGGGGAACUGUUGGGACUGAGAGAAGAGGCUUAUCUGGCACAUGGAGAUGCCCGGCAUGUACAUAUGAUAACUCCGAUUGGUUAAGAAACUGUGAGAUGUGUGGAACGAGUCGAAGCAACAAUGGUGGGGUUCUGCGACAAACAUCUCGCCAUUCUCGUGAUCUUCCUUUGGAAGAAUUACGGCGUCGGAGAGUUGAGAGAUUUGGUUAAUACUCGACAGUCCUAUACUAAUAUGAUAUAGAGAAUGAAUUGAGUUUGAAUUACAGAAACAGAAGAUUUGGAUUACAAUUGCACAAAGUUUUAGUAACUUGAUUUGUUUCCCUCAAUGUAUAUGUUCACUCUGCUACAGUUAAAUGAUGUUUUCUUCCAUCAACAUGCCAAU